AUGUCCACCCUCGAAGCCGAUGAGAUCUUGUUCGCCUACAUCGCCAUGGCCCCUCAUGUUGUAAGCCUAGUGCUAAUACGAGUGGACAACGGGAGAGUAGCUAAGUGGGGCACAAUUCCAGAGGUUUUUUACAUCAAGCAUAUGCCUCGUACUUCUGUUAAGGGCCAAGUCCUUGUAGAUUUGGUGGUUGAAUUCGUUGAACCCUCGUUAGAAGAGGAAGCAAGGACGCAAGACAUGGAUGAAAAAUUAGUUGGUGUAAUCUCCUUGGUUGACAUACUAGAAAAAGCUGAACCUUUAGCGAAUAUCAGAGAUGUGGACGUCAAAAAGUUCAUUUGGAAAAACAUUGUUACCCGGUUUGGGGUCCCUCACUCCCUCAUCUCGGACAAUGGUUUUCAGUUCGAUAGUAAGGCCUUCAGGAGAUACUGUUGCGAAUUGGGAAUUACUAAUAGAUAUUCUAUCUCAGCUUAUCCCCAGGGGAAUGGGCAAGCUAAGGCUAUUAACAAGGUCAUAGUGAAUGGGUUCAAGAAGAGAUCAACAGAAGAGACCCCCUUUUCAAUGACUUACGGGGCUGAGGCUGUCAUCCCUUUGGAAAUGGGCUUUCCAACACUAAAAACCAGCUCAUUCUGUGCAAGCAGCAACAAUGAGCUGCUAGAGAAAAACCUUGAUCUUAUUGAAGAAAGAAAGGAAAGGGCAAUGGUUCAAUUGGCUUACUACCAGUACAAAUUCAAGUAA